GGUAUAAGUAUUAAAAUGGAAUUAGGAAAUAGUAACUGUCUUCUGGUUUUCUUAGAUUUGGGAAUGGAUGAUGAAGGAGAUGAUGACCCAGUUCCUCUACCAAAUGUUAAUGCGGCAAUAUUAAAAAAGGUCAUUCAGUGGUGCACCCACCACAAGGAUGACCCUCCUCCUCCUGAGGAUGAUGAGAACAAAGAAAAGCGAACAGAUGAUAUUCCUGUUUGGGACCAAGAAUUCCUGAAAGUUGACCAAGGAACACUUUUUGAACUCAUUCUGGCUGCAAACUACUUAGACAUCAAAGGUUUGCUUGAUGUUACAUGCAAGACUGUUGCCAAUAUGAUCAAGGGGAAAACUCCUGAGGAGAUUCGCAAGACCUUCAAUAUCAAAAAUGACUUUACUGAAGAGGAGGAAGCCCAGGUACGCAAAGAGAACCAGUGGUGUGAAGAGAAGUGAAAUGUUGUGCCUGACACUGUAACACUAUUUUUCUGUUCCAGGAAGCUUACUGAAAGGGGUGGGAAAAUAGAGGAGCUGUACUCUGUACCCUGAAGCUACUCAAGCAGGGUUUCCAGAGUGACUUUUUUUUUUUUAAUUUCUAUUUUUUUGGUGAGUAGAACCUAGCUUUUCUCCUUCCCUCCUGUCCCCCCCAGACCCCCCACACUGCUUCCUGACAUUGAUUGCACAUGCCUGAAAGAACAAGGCUUCAGAUAAAAGAAUGAGAACACCUGAAUGAAAAAGGAAGACUUACUUGGUCUAGAGCCCCUGGUGAAUAUGAAAGAAGUCUUGGCCUGGACUGUCUCCUGCAUAAUUCACAGCUGCUCCCUUGUCUUCAGAAGUGAAACAUCCCUUACCUUCUAUUGCUAGUGACCUAACUUGUGAGGAUUGCUAGGGGAUAGGAUAGUUUCCACCCUAGGACGUAUAAGUUUUCCCUUUCCAGUUAACAUGCCUAAUCCCAUGCUGUCUUGAAGAGCUUGAAAAUCCCUCCUGACCUGAGCCAGGCUUUUAUUUUGGGGACUGCCUAUGAGAACAUCCCUACCAUCUGUGUUCCCUGUUUUCAGAUUCCCUGCCAUUAGAGUAUUUUCACGUGCUCACUGCCAGUAAUGGUUUGUUAGUAGUUCCAUACCAUUGGAGAGCUCAGGAGUCUGAAUUUGAAAGAUGCCCACAGGGUGAUUUGAGGAGGUGAUCAUAGUAAGUUGGGAUUGGGGGAGUUGAUACAUGCAGGGUCUGCUUGGGUAGGCAGCUGUUUCAAGGACCCUUGGUGAACUCUUAAAGCCCUGAUGAGCUUAAAGAAAGCUCUGAAGAGAUCUGAGAGUCAUGCUUAAGCAUCCUUUCUAACCUCAAAGAAAAGCCAACUUAGCCUUUUUAUACAAUUAACUAGAUUUGGGUCUUAAAUUCUUCUACUUUGAUAUAUAGGCCUAAGAAGUAGGAGUUUCACAUGGCCUUGUUACUCUUGCCCCUUCUUUUCUGUGCUGUUUUUUGAGAAAUGGAUGCAGGAACUGAUUCCCUUUCUUCCUCUCUGGAACAGGAUAUAAAGAACCAUUCUGCUUCCCUUUACUUACGGCCUUCCUGGCCAGGCUUACUGUAUACUGAACAGAGCUAGGCAGCCAUGGUUCUGAGCUAGCUAUUGGGAGUCCACAGCCAGAAGGAAUGGGAGACAACAGGAACCAUUCAAAAGAUAGUUACAUGUCAGAAUAGAGUCCAGCUGUGGGGUUCUGUUAAAGGAGACACCUUCAAAUUGGGAAACAUAGGCUUUGUCCACUUGCUGGGCUAAACCCUCACCAUAUCCACUGAGCACAAAAUGGGGAGCAGGUGUACCAGGGGAGGGAUGAACUUGUUUCAAGCACGUUGCAAGUCCGCUAGUUGUCUGGAAAUGUUCAAGGAAGUAAAGUCUAGCGUAUCUUGUCCUAUAACAUCUCAGAAAACAGGGUUGGUCCUCAGCUGACAGUGAAGGGGGGCUGGUAUGGUAUUAGAAGUUGAACUUUGAGGUUGCAGUCUCAAGUCACCCUCUGGCCUCAUAGGAAUGCACCAGGGUGACUUGGGAGGAUCUGAUUUUCCUUUAUGAAGUCAGAUUAAAAAAAAAAAACUGAUUUGAUUUAAACAAAGUUACAAAGGCUUCCCUGCCAGUACACAAAGACUGCAGUGUUCAUGUAUCUGUGUACUCUAAGACACCAAAUCAGAUGCAGCAACCUGAUUUUGCAUAAGCCCUGGCUAGAAUGUAGGUUUUUUUUCCAAACAACUAGGCCAGUAGCCAGAACAGAAUUCUUUAAAAUGGGACAGAUGUCCAGAGAAUGGCUAGUGUCCUCUAACACUCUCCCAGAAAGAAGCAAGUCUAGGGUUACAAUGUCCAGUGGCCUACUUUAGACAGACACUACUCUGGAAGAUUACUUUCUUUAUAAAUAUCUUUAAACACAAAAUCCAAAAAAUAUAACUCAGUAGAAUGAUGAUGACAAUGCAGAUGGUGGCCCAUGUGAAAACACUUCUUGUCCAACAUUUAUCACCUAUUUGUUGACCUAUUGAGAUGCCUUCAUGACACCUUUUACAUUCAUGAUAGGUCUAAGGAAGAUAGCAGUGUACUUCGUGGAAACUGCCAUGUAAAAAGUGGGUUGUAGGGUGCCAAACAGUUAAGUGCACAGGGAUAUACGGAAUGGAACAGACAUUGGAGACUUCAAAAGCUGGGAGAUGAAAGGGGGAUGAGGUAUGAAAUCCUACCUGUUGAGUACAGUGUACACUGUUUAGGUGCAUGGUACACUAUUUGGGUGAGGGGUGCACUAAAAGCCUGUACCUCACCACUACACAAUAUAUCCAUGUAACACAGCUGUAUUUGUACCCCCUAAAUGCAUACAAAUAAUGUAAAAAUAAAGUGGAUAUGGUGGC